AUGGGUUCUUUCUUGUCCCAACCUGUGGAGCCCAUCAAAGUCGCUGCGCCUCCUGAGGUCACCAACUCCGCCGAGCCCCUGCCCCUGGCUGCACCUGGAGCGCCGACCUCUCCAGCGGAAGCGCCUCUACUUAAUAACUGCUGGAGCUGUCGCGUGCUCUCCGGGUCGGGGCUGAUAGGGGCGGGCGGGUAUGUGUACUGGGUGGCGCGGAAGCCCAUGAAGCUGGGAUACGCCCCGAGCCCAGGGACUAUUACGCAGAUGGUCAUCGGCAUCAGCAUAGCUUGUUGGGGUGUAAUCAUCCUGGCAGACCCCAAAGGGAAAGCCUUCCGUGCUGAUUGA